AUGUUGAGCUUCUUUCGCGCCAAUGGCUUGGAUGUCUUGGAUAAAGAUGAGAGUGGCCGACAAGCCAAAGUAGAGGGCGAUCACUUGAGAGCCCUUCGAGAAUUGGGCCUUUGUGAAGUUCUUCCUAAUUCGCUCUACUUGGGAGGUGCACAAGAUGCACGUGACCUGAAAAAGGCCAACCCCAAAGGCAUUACCCAUGUCCUCAAUGUCUCGGACAUGUACGUCCUUCCGCCGGGCAGCAGCACGAACUUGGUGAGUGAGUGGGACAACUUGUUUGGACCCUGGCAGACGGAGGAACAGUUCGAGGCUGAUCGCGCGGCGAACCCGGACUGCCGACCAUCAGGUGCAUAUUGGAGAUGCAAAGAGUUCUUGAAGGCGGCUUUUGAAGAUCCCAACUCCAAGGUCUUGGUUCACUGCGUGCUGGGUGUGAAUCGCUCAGCAACCAUAAUCGUGGCGUGGCUACUGGAGACAAGGCGAUGGACAGUCGACUACUCGCUGCAAUACGUGCACCAGUGCCGGCCCGUGAUUUCUCCUGCGGAACCGCACAAGGAUAAGAGUGGGGAAAUCACGGAUCAAAGGGCAAAACACCAAACGGAGGAGCAGUUGUUGAGUUUCGCUGCAUCCUUGGGCAUUGAGGAGAAGCACCACAGUUGUGUGAUCACGUGCUCCAAGGCCCGCGUCUUUGGGCAAACGGGUCUGACCAAAGAAGAUGCCGUGCUGGUCAUGGUUUCCAUUGGUAAAUCAAGUUUGUUCUCGUUUUUGGAUGGGGCGCUGCUGCUGAGCAAGUGCUCAAGGAAUUGUUUGGGAGCCAAGUUGUACAGUGCGAGUGGUUUGGUGCCGGCCCAGGUCUCGUUUCAAGGCCUUGAAGCUGUGAGCUGCAUCUCCCACACGUCGCAAGCGAAGGAUUUGCGAGAUGUUUGCACAGCUCUGGACUUUGAUUGCGUGUUGCUCGAUAGCAAUGCUGACAUACUGAAGGCCGCAAGUGGUUUCCGACCAGACUUGAUUGUCUCCGCGUCCUAUCGAAAGAAAAUCCCUGCGAGUGUGUUGAACCUUUGCCGCGAUUGUGUCAAUUUCCAUCCUUCUCUGCUGCCCAAGCAUAGGGGCUGCUGGUCGGGUUUCUGGUGCAUCUUCGAAGGGGACGCAGAGACGGGCGUAACCUGCCAUCGAAUGGUCGAGGACUUUGAUGCGGGGCUGAUUGUACAGCAAGAGCGGCUCCCAUUGGAACCGUCGGAUACAUCUUUUUCAGUGUAUCAGAAACUCUUGCCUGUAACUGCACUUUGUGCCCGCGCAGUGCUCGCGAGAUACUUUUCCACUGGUUUACCACCAGGUGAAGAGCAGAAAGGCGAGAGUUCCUACCACUACAGGAAACUACCCUUUGAAGGCUUGAUACAGCCUGAAUGGUCUGAAACGCAGGUUGAGCGUUUCAUCCGGGCCAUGUAUUUUCCUCCAUUUGAUGGCGCGGCCAUGCUGGUGAACGGUCGGCAGAUGCCCGUGGAAUCACUGGAGGCAACUGACGAUUUUUUGUUCACCUCAACUGAGCCAAGACUUCAACCUCUUGCUCCUUCCAUGGCAUGA